AUGGAAUCAAAGAUCUCGUUGAAUAGUAACCCUCCCCCACCAUAUCAAUCUACGGUAUCACUCAACACUCUCACUCACCUACCCCCUUACCAAUCUUCUAUAUCCGUCAACAAACUCGGUCAAUCAUCAUCUACUAGAAGUCCUGCCGGUCACUCGUGGAUCCACAAUGAUGCAAUAUGGUCGAGUCUUAUACCCUUGCUACCUCCCUCGACAUUAUCAGCUUUGUCUAGAACCUGUAAAUCAGUAUAUCACCAUGUGAUCCCUCACCUGUGGAAGGUAUACAGAAUCGAGUCAGAUGAUCAAUUAUGGAAUCUACUCUAUUCGCUUGGGAAGGAAAACAAGAAUCAAUGGAAGGGAUGGCUAAGUAAAGGUAAAGGCAAAUUAUCGAUAUUCAAAAGAUCAAAUCGCCCCUCCUCUUUUUCAACAGAAGAUAAUCGUCCUAGAAUUCGAUCUUUAUUGGAUAUGGUCAGAACGAUCAUAUUCGAUAUUAUACCUUCACCUACCCUCUGCGCUCUGAUUCCCAGAUACCUACCUCGUUCGUCCAAUCUUACCAAUAUUAUCGAAGGCCAAGAUGAAUGUGAACGAGAACAAGAAAAAGUGUUAUUCCCUAAUGUGGACCAAAUUCACUUCACUCCUCGAUUGAUCAAAGAGGUUAUGAAAUUCGGUUGGAGACCAUUCCAACAUAACGAUUAUUAUUCCCAUCUACUUGAUGGUGUCAAACGUGAACUGCCAAAUAAAUAUAGUCAAUUACCUUUUGCUCAUUUAGCCAAACCUCAAAUAUUGUAUAUGGAUUUCCCCUCUUUUGAAAAAGGGAAACAACAACAACAAGAAAGUUAUUACGAUGAGUUAUCGGCGGACGGUGUACCAGGUACAAGCUUAUCAUUCUUAACUUCCCUUGAAGAUAUUCAUAUUAUACUUCCGGUUACUUUCGAUUUGUCAACAGGAGAGGUGAUCCAGUUCUUGAAAGGUAGAAAGCAUUUCAUUCAUCUACCUAAAGAGUGGUUUAUCAAUCCACCCAUAUUGUCACUUCAUAAUGAAGGAAAAUAUGAAGACGAACUCGAAAAUGAAGACGAAGACGAACUCGAAUAUGACGAUCACAACGAACGUUCAACUCUCAUUCGUUAUCUUACGUAUUUCUUGGAAGAGAUAAUGCAUGCUGAUAUAUUGAUGAAUUAUCCCUGUAAGGACAAGAUGGAUGAGGAUCAUUAUCGAUUGAAUUGUAAGACUAGAUGGAUCAUAAGGUAUCCUCCUUUCGGACAGGGGAUCAUGAAAGAAGUGAAGGACAAUCUGUUAGAGAUGGUGGAUAGAGGUGAAAUCGAGCGUCUUGCAAGGGAUGGUAUAGUCAUGGUGGAUGGUGAUGAGAGGAGGGAGGACGUCAAAGAGAUGCAGAAGGAAGGGAUAGGAGGGAAGUCGACGACAGAGAAGGUUGGAGAUGAUAAUGGAGAAAGCAAAGUCGAAUUGUGGUUUAUGAGAUUCGAGAGCUCACAGUGUCUCAGAUAA